AUGGCCUCGCCAGCCCUCGCAAACGGCACCCAUCCUUCAACACCACCACCCUCAGACACAGCACCCUCCACACAGCAACCACAAAUCGACCCAGAUAUACCCCGAAACUCAAUACAAGACGAUGGCGACUCGAAACGACCCCGUGACGCCCGACUAAUCCACCUCGUGCUCUCAAACCUCGGGAUCAACAGCUACCAAGAACGCGUCCCACUCCAACUCCUCGACUUCGCAUACCGCUACACAUCAGGCGUACUAUCCGACAGCCUCCGCCUCAGCGCUGAAGGCUACGCGGGCACGACUGCCGAACGAGGAACCGGCGGACGAGGUCGGGGAGCGGCUGGGGAGGCAGGUGGAGCCGGAAGCGAAGGAAUCACAGUCACAUCACUCCGUCAGGCCAUCGCAAGCCGGCAGGGCUACACUUUCCAAGGACAUCUACCGCGGGAAUUUAUGCUCGAGCAGGCGGCUGAGAGGAAUCGUGUGGCGCUGCCUAAAGUGGAGAGGAGUUAUGGGGUGCAGUUGCCGCCGGAGAAGUAUUGUUUGACGGGCGUCGGGUGGAAUUUGAAGGAUGAGUGGGACAGUGAGGAGGAGGUUGACGAGGAAGUGGAGGGGGAGGGGAGGAUGGUGAAUGUGACAAGUGGGCAUGGUGAGGAGGACGUGGGUAUGGGCGGUGUUGACCGCGAGGACGAAGAAGAAGAAGAAGACGAAGAGGGCGCAGGGAGGAUGGAAGACGUGUUUGGAGAAGGCGGUGGCGAGGAUAUGGAGAUGACUGAGAAGAGAUUUCUAUGA